AUGCCAGAUGAACUAAACCCAAUAAUUCGUAAUUGCUAUGAACAAGCACAUCAAUGUAUUACCAAACGUGAAUCUAUUCAACGUUUAUUACAAUCAUUAUCGUCUCGUGGUUGUACAUUUGAUUUUCAUCGUCAUUUAGCCUGUGAAACGAAUGAUGAAAAUCUACGUGGUGGUUUUGAUCGUUCGACAUGUCAAAUAAUUUUAUAUCCUGAAAAUCUUCACUCAUCAGAAGAAUUUUGUACUAUUUUCGAACAUGAACUUAUUCAUGCCUAUGAUUAUUGUCGUGUUAAUAUAGAUUUCAAUAAUCCAUAUCAUCUUGCCUGUACCGAAAUUCGUGCAGCAUCAUUAUCAAAUCAUUGUUCUCUAUUCAAUCAUUUAUCAUCAUCAUCGCGGCCAUUUUUAUUAAAAAAUCAACAUUCAUCAUGUGUAAAAGAUCGAACACGAGAAUCGAUGGAAAUUUGCACAAAUUUUCCAAGAAAAAAACUCGAUGAAAUUAUCGAUCAUGUUUUUCUUCGUUGCUAUAAGGAUACGGAGCCAUUUGAUGAAAUAGAAAGAAGAAAAUGA